UCGCAACGUACCCAUACUGGUCGAGUGCUUUCGAAACACUGUCGUGUACGGGUGAGCGAGAAACCGUUGUCCCGAACGAUGUGCCCUUAUCAUUCAGCCUAUGCCAUAGAAUUCGUUUGUCAGGAAGUGGAAUGUUUGGAAAGUAAUCGUUUGAUGUGCUUGCUGUGUCGUGAUUACGGGAGGCAUCUGAACCAUCGACAUUCGUUACUUGAAGUUGAAGCAGCUGGACUGCGAGAACGCGUUCGAGAGGCACUUUCGGAUUUCCGAAGUUUCAUCAACGAUCUCAAUGGUUGGAAUAUCAGAGUUACACAGUAA